AUGAUAACUCGUUCAAUUCUUGCUAACCUCUAUAGAUCAACUGUCUCUUACCCCCUCAACACUGGAGCGAAAAUUCCAGCAGUUGGUUUUGGAACGUUUCAGGCUACAGAUGAAGAGGCGUAUAGCUCGGUUGUCGCAGCCCUAAAGGCUGGCUACAGACACAUCGACACCGCCUGGAUUUACGGCAACGAGUCGCAGGUCGGCCAGGCAAUCAAAGAUUCGGGUGUUCCUAGAGAGGAGAUUUUCGUCACAACCAAGGUUUGGGGAACUUUCCACCAAAAGCCACUCGAAAACUUGGAGAUUUCGUUGGAAAAGCUAGGACUGGAAUAUGUUGAUCUCUGGCUCAUCCACUGGCCCGUUCCAUUGAACCCUAAUGGUAACAGCCCAAGGAUGCCAACCAAUCCAGAUGGAAGCCGUGAUGUAGUCCCUGAAUCGGAGUGGGACUUUGUCAAGACCUACGAACUUGUGCAGGAGGCUGUUGCGCUGGGUAAGGCCAAAAGCGUUGGUGUAUCCAACUUUAGCAUCAAGAACUUGAAGAAGCUCCUAGCUGCACCAACCACCAAAAUCGUCCCUGCAGCCAACCAAGUCGAGUUGCACCCUCUUUUGCCCCAACCAGAGUUAAUUGAGUUCUGCAAACAGAACAACAUUGUUGUAGAGGCCUACUCUCCAUUGGGAUCCACUGGCUCUCCAGUCCUCAAGGAUGAGACUUUGAUUGCCAUUGCCAAGGAGUACGAAGUUUCCCCAGCUACAAUUGCCAUAUCCUGGGCUGUUUGGAGAAACACUGUUGUUCUUCCCAAGUCGGUUACUGCCUCUAGAAUUGAGUCGAACUUGGAAAUCGUACAACUGAAGGACGAGGAUGGAGAGAGAAUCAACGAGAUUGCGAAGAAGAACGGUCCAAAGAGACUUAUCAAUCCUCCAUGGGCUCCUUACGUUGUUUUCAACGAUUAG